AUGGUGAAGGUUCUGUUGGCUGUGGAAGAUCACCAGCAAGCACUUGCGCAUGGUGGCCCGGCCUUAGACGUCCUAGAGCAUUGGGUAGCGCUGCUCUUCCAGGCCCUCCAGCUCCCAGAUCUCCAGAGCAGUAUGUCUGAUAAAGCAAUGGAACUCCUUCUACUAGAAGGUAAGUUGAACCAUGGUUUAAACAUCAGAGAACCGCUUGCACAGGCUUUUAAGCCAAACGAAUGGCCAGUGCGAGGGAUAUCGGCUCUGAAGCAGUCACCGGUUGAAGAAUUUCGGGAUUACUAUGAGUCUCGAAAGACGCGCAAAAAGCACAUCACAGUGCAGCAUGAGCGACGGAGGCUACUCCUGGAAGGCCAGGUAUACACUCGGGCGGUGUGGCUUCGUAAUGGUAAAGAUUGCCGAAAAUUUGGCAAGUUCUACGUUUUCCGCUUGAUGAACAUUCUUGUUCGCAUAGAGAUGGCAACAUACGACAGAUGGAAGCCAAACACAAUGAGAGUCCAUCUGGAUCUCACACCAGAAGGGCAGACACACCCAAAUUCAAUCAUCAGAGGGAAAAUGUCCCCAAUCAAGUACCAGGACCCGGCUCGGCGACUGGGCAUCAAAAUUAGUGGAGUCUUGAACGGGACUUGCUGGGAAUCGCUCGAGGAAAAAGACUCUGCAGCAUACCAGCAUCCUGACACCAUAACUUCUUUUUUCUGGGCUCGCCAAGAGGGCAACUCGAAUGCAUGGGUGGCACGGUGGAACAAGAUUGUUGACUGGCUUGAGCGGAAGGACGAAAGAAUCAUCAGACCCCGAAGAUGCUACCUCCGCUCGACUGAAUCGCUGCGCGACCAGUACUAUGGUUGGCGUAAAAACGAUCUCUAUACGCUGCACCCAGAAGAUACAGAUAACUGGAAAGAGCUUCACACCUCAGAACAAUAUGUAGCCUUCAACAACGACAAGAAAAAGAAGGAGCCGUCGAAAAUCCCUUUCCCGACGACCGACCAGCUGACUGAUUGGAGAGCGCACUGGUACAGUGAGAACGCACCAGCAGCAGCAGAGGUAGGCGCAGCUGAUGAAGAAUUGGCCAGGGUAGACAUUUCCGGGGCUGAUGAUGAGGAGGCGGAGCUAGAGGAGAAUCCAGCGACAGAUGGAGAGGAGGAAGAACUCGAGGAGACUGAGUUGGGCAUAGAUAUCGCGUUUAGUACAGAGGGCGAAGAACCAGAUGCCUGGGACUGGGUCUAG